UCUGAAAUUUAGAAGUACAAAAUACAGUCGUUGUUGAUUUUCUAAUGCUCAUUAUUAUAUAGGAUAACAUUAAAUAGACAAAGACAACAAAAAAAUGACAACGAUGCAGCAUCCACGCUAUUUUGAAAACACAAUGAGUGAGCAGGAAAACACACAAGAAAUAGCUGAAGGACAAAGAGAAUACGUUCCUGUGUUGCUGCAGAUAAUAAAUAAAAAUUGUCCUCCACUUGCAGAAAAUUGUGAGGGAGCUGUUUAUGUUGGAGGGGCGGGUAUUGCAUAUGCAUUUUAUCAUGUUGCACAAAGUGGUUUGUUUGAAGAUAAGAGGGAGCAUUUCUUGAAUAUUGCUGAAAAAUACAUAAAGACAAGUUUGCGUGAGAUCUCACUUAACGAUCCUGGUCAUAAUGGAAUAGGGGCCUCUUUGUUGCUUGGUCAUGCUGGUAUUUAUCUCGUCGCCAGUUUGAUAUAUGAAGCGUUAGGCUUACACAAUCUAAGAAACGAAAAUGUACAAGGAUUCUUCAACAUGCACAAGUACUGUAUACCAAUUAACUUCUUUCCGCAUGGUUCUGAUGAAAUCUUUGUGGGACGUGCUGGCUAUCUAGCAGCUUGUUAUAUGAUUAAUAAAAGAUUUGGCAGAGCAAUAGUCACAAGCGAUAUCACACUACCUUUGUGUAAUACUAUCAUUGAAAGUGGUCGACGAACGUCGAACCGUUAUAAUCAUGAAUCACCGCUGAUGUACAUGUACUACGAUAAACCAUAUUUAGGUGCUGGCCAUGGCAUGUCAGCCAUUCUUUUGAUGCUGCUAAAUUUCCCGACGUGUUAUUCUUUAAAACCUGAUGUCGAAGAAGACAUUAAACUUUCAGUAGAUUUCGUUUUAAAAUGUGAAGAGAACGAUGGGAAUUACCCACCCAUUCCAGGUGAUGCAAGAGAUGAUUGGAAUACAUUAGUUCAUUGGUGUCACGGUGCUACUGGUGUUAUGUAUUUAAUGGCGAAAUCUUAUAUGGUAUGGAAAGAGGAAAAAUAUCUUCAAGCUACUUUGAGAUGCGGCGAUUUGUUAUGGAAAAAAGGAUUGCUUAGGAAAGGACCUGGCAUUUGCCAUGGAAUUGCAGGUAGCGGAUAUGCGUUUCUUCUACUUUAUCGAUUAACACACGAUGAAAAACAUUUACGAAGAGCUCGACAAUUUGCCGCAUUUAUGCAAACGGAAGAAUUCAAAGCUAAUUCUCGCGUUCCAGAUGCACCAUACAGUCUGUUUGAAGGUAUAGCUGGUACAGCAUGCUUCUUAUCAGACCUAAUAAGUCCAGAUGAUGGCUAUCCAGGCGUGUUUCCGUUUAUGGAUAUAUUCUAGAAGCAGUGUGUUGGGACAUGUUGCAAAACUUUGGUGGUUGUGUAUUUGUUUUUUAUAGAAUUCCAAGACAUUGGUGAACAUGAUUAGAAACUUAUAGUUGUUGUUUUAUUUAUUUUUAAUCUUGUACAUCUUAUAUAUUUUUCUUUUUUAGUAAAUAUUUUUAUUUUUAGUAAAAAAAAUAUAAUUUAAUAUAAGAAGCUGUCGCAAAUUUUUGAUUUAAAUCGAAACCCACGAUGCCAUUUUUUUCCUUUUUAUAUAUCUAAAAGCUAUUGUUUUGAAUCACUAUCUUCCGCCUUUGGAGAAAGUAACAGACAACGUUACCUCGGCAAGUUGUGAAAAUUUAACAAUUGCACACUUAGGUGGUCAAUAACUCUAGCAUGUUAAUAUGAUCUUGAUAUCUAAUGUUUACUCGUGGUUGAAGCUUUUUGGGAAAGAAGAUUAUAAACAAUGGCUUACAGACGCGUAUGAGCAAAGAAAGAUUGUAAUAUUACAGUUGGAUUUUAUGAAAUGCAACUAUGAAAAAAUGUCUUAUAAAGGUUUAAUUUUUAUAUUGAUUGAUAUCAGAUUUGUUACAUCGUGUUCAAACUAGUUUAUUUUCUAUCCUUUUUUAAACAUUCUUGUAUUUCAAACUAGAAACUUUUUAUUUUACGAUUUAUUAUCCAUGCAGAAUUUCUAUUAAAUUAA